ACUCCCAUUCCCUAACUACACCGUAUCCUCUCCGCCAUUGAUCUUAUUCCUCGCCGGUCGACGUCUCUUUCUUAUCGAUCGGAUCCAACCUUUUCCGCUUAAAUUCUCGCCGAUCACUCAAAUUUCCGAUUUGGUUAUUUCGACAUUCGGGUGACGGUGUUGCACCGAUAAGGCUGUAAUCGAGAAAGUAAGUUCGAUGUAGUUGAAAUGGGAACCCAAGUAAAAAUCGUAGUAGGUUCCCGGGUUUGGGUCGAGGAGCCAUCGGUUUCGUAUGUUGAAGGACAAGUGACGAAUAUUAAAGGAGAUAAAGUUGAGGUCGAAACAUCUGAUGGAAAGAAGGUUGAAACAAAAUUAUCAAAGGUUUUUCUCAAAGAAGAGGAUAGCCUUGAAGCUGAGGUUGAAGACAUGACCAAGCUUUCAUAUUUCCAUGAGCCUGGGAUCUUGCAUAAUUUGUCAACAAGAUAUCAGCUAAACAAAAUUUAUACUUAUACCGGAAGUAUUCUUAUUGCAAUUAAUCCAUUCCAAAAACUGCCUCAUUUGUAUGAUGCCGGUAUGAUGGAACAAUACAGAGGAGCACCUCCUGGCGAAUUGAGUCCUCAUGUCUUUGCAAUUGCUGACUUUGCUUUUAGGGCAAUGAUCAAUGAGGGAAAAAGUAACUCUAUCUUGGUAAGUGGUGAAAGUGGUGCUGGUAAAACAGAAACUACGAAAAUGCUCAUGCGUUACCUUGCCUAUCUGGGAGGACAAAAAGGGUCUGAAGGGCGGAGUGUAGAACAAAAAGUUCUAGAGUCAAAUCCAGUACUUGAAGCAUUUGGCAAUGCUAAAACUGUUAGAAAUAAUAAUUCCAGUCGUUUUGGAAAAUUUGUUGAGCUUCAAUUUGAUAUGAAUGGAAGAAUAUCAGGAGCAGCUAUUAGAACUUAUCUCCUAGAGCGAUCUCGAGUUUGCCAAUUAUCAGAUCCUGAGCGGAACUAUCACUGUUUCUAUAUUCUGUGUGAGGCACCAGAAGAGGAAAUUAAAAGAUACAAGCUUGGGAGUCCUAAAUCAUUUCAUUACUUGAAUCAAUCAAACUGCUAUGAACUAGUUGGUGAACAUGAUACUCAUGAUUAUCUUGCAACGAGAAGAGCUAUGGAUAUUGUCGGAAUUAGUAAGGAAGAACAAGAAGCAAUUUUUAGAGUUGUGGCAGCCAUUCUUCAUCUUGGAAACAUUGAAUUUACUAAGAAUGAAGAAACUGACUCAGCAGUUCUUAAGGAUGAGAAAUCAAAAUUCCAUCUUCAAACAACAUCAGAGCUUCUUAUGUGUGACCUUCAAGCACUUGAAGAUGUACUAUUGACACGCGCAGUGAUCGCCCGUGAAGUCAUCAAGAAAAGUCUCAAUCCUGAUGGUGCGGCAACUAGCAGGGAUGGAUUAGCAAAGACUAUAUAUUCUCGCUUAUUUGAAUGGUUGGUGGCAAAAAUUAAUAACUCAAUUGGACAAGAUCCAAAAUCGAAGUUUCUAAUUGGCAUUCUUGACAUUUAUGGUUUUGAGAGUUUUAAAAAUAAUAGCUUUGAACAGUUCUGCAUUAAUUAUACAAAUGAGAAGCUGCAGCAACAUUUUAACCAGCAUGUGUUCAAGUUGGAGCAGGAGGAAUACAAAAAAGAAGCGAUUGAUUGGAGCUAUAUAGAAUUUGUUGAUAACCGAGAUGUUCUAGAUCUUAUUGAAAAGAAACCUGGAGGGAUCAUUUCUCUUCUUGAUGAAGCAUGUAUGUUUCCCAAGUCAACUCAUGAAACUUUCUCACAAAAGCUUUAUCAGACUUUCAGUGAGCACAAACGCUUUAUUAAACCAAAACUGGCUCGUACUGAAUUCAAAAUUGCUCAUUAUGCUGGAGAGGUUCUAUACCAGUCUGAUCAAUUUUUAGAAAAGAACAAAGACUAUAUCGUUCCUGAACAUCAAGACUUGUUAAGUUCUUCUAAGUGCCCAUUUAUGGUAACACUGUUCCCUCCUCCUGAGGAGACAACUAAAAAGUCCAAGUUCUCGUCUAUCGGUUCUCGCUUUAAGGUACAACUCCAACAAUUGAUGGAGGUUUUAAAUUCUACUGAACCUCAUUAUAUCAGAUGUAUGAAGCCAAAUAAUCUUCUAAAAUCUUCCAUUUUUGAGAAUGCCACCGUUUUGCAUCAACUUCGUUGCAGUGGAGUUAUAGAAGCAGUUAAAAUUAGUUGUGCUGGCUACCCUUCGCGUAAAACAUUCUCUGAAUUUCUUAAACGGUUUGGUAUUCUUGCUCCAGAAGCAUUGAAAGGAACUUAUGAUGAAAAAGAUGCCUGCAAAAAGAUUUUGGGAAAAGCGGGGCUUGGAUCUUGUCAGAUUGGUAAAACAAAAGUUUUUCUGCGAGCUAGUGAGAUGAUGGAACUGGAGGCUAAGAGGUUACAAAAGUUCAACAGUGCAGCCAAGAUAAUUCAAGGGCAAAUUAAAACUCGUACUGCUCGGAGAGACUUUCUUGCCUUGCAAAGGGCUGCGAUUUCUAUACAGUCUUCAUGCAGAGCUAAACUUGCUUGCAAAUUGUAUGCAAAUAUGAGAAGGGAGGUCUCUUCUCUUAAAAUCCAGAAACAUUUGCGCGCACACUUGGCUAGGAAAUCCUACAAGCAGAUUAGAUCCACAGUCCUUAUUCUUCAAAGAAGGACACGGGCAGUAGCCGCAUUCAAGAAUUUCAGAAAUCGAAAGAAGUCUGCAGUUACCAUACAAGCCCGUUGGCGCUGUAUUAGAGCCAUUUUCUACUACAGGAGACUUGUAAGGGCAUCCGUUGUAACACAAUGCAACUGGAGGAGAAGGAAUGCAAGGAGAGAACUUCAAAAACUGAAGGCUUCAAGAGACACAGUUGAAGAAGCAAAAAGAAUAUUUGAACAAGAGACCAAAGGUAUAGUUCGAGAAGCUAAACAACAGGACAAAGGUGCAGUUCCGGGCCAAGGUGCAAUUAAAGAACCAACAAAACUUGCAUUUAAAGAAAAAAUUGCUAAAUUUGAACAACAGGACAAAGGUGCUGACAAAGGUGCAGUUAAAGAAACAAUAGGUAAACUUAAACAAGACAAACUUGCCAUUGGAGAAGCAAUUGAUAAACUUGAACAACAGGACAAAGGUACAGUUAAAGAAGCAAUUGCUAAACUUAAACAACAGGACAAAGGUGCAGUUGAAGAAGCAACUGGUAAACUUGAACAACAGGACAAAGGCGCAAUUGAAGAAACAAAAGACAAACUUGAACAACAGGACAAAGGCGCAAUUGAAGAAACAAAAGACAAACUUGAACAACAGGACAAAUGUGCAAUUGAAGAAGCAAAUGAACUUGAACGACAGAAGAAAUGUUCAGUUGAAGAAGCAAAUGAUAAGCUUGAACAACAGAACAAAGGUGUAGUUGAAGAAACAAAUGAUAAACUUGAACAACAGGACAAAGUUUCAGUUGAAAAAGCAAUUGACAAACUUGAACAACAGGACAAAGUUGCAGUUGAAGAAGCAAAUGAUAAUUUUGAACAACAGAACAAAGGUGUAGUUGAAGAAGCAAAUGAUAAACUUGAACAACAAGACAAAGUUUCAGUUGAAGAAGCAAAUGACAAAUUAGAACAACAGGACAACGUCGCAGUUGAAGAAACAAAUGAUAAACUUGAACAAGACAAUGGUAAAAUUGAAGAAGCAAAUGAUAUACUUGAACAAAAUGAUAAAAGUGUAGUUGAAGAAGCAAAUGAUAAACUUGAAAAUCAAGACAAUGGUACAGUUGAAGAAGCAAAUGAUAAACUUAAACAACAGGAUAACAGUGCAGUUGAAGAAGCAAAUGAUAAACUUGAACAACAGGACAAUGGUGCAGUUGAAGAAACAAACGAUAAACUUGAACAACAGGACAAUGGUGCAGUUGAAGAAACAAACGAUAAACUUGAACAACAGGACAAUGGUGCAGUUGAAGAAACAAAUGAUAAACUUGAACAACAAGACAAUGAUGCAAUUGAAGAAGCAAAUGAUGCAGUUGAAGAAACAAAUGAUAAACUUGAACAACAAGACAAUGAUGCAAUUGAAGAAGCAAAUGAUAAACUUGAACAGCAGGAUAAAGGUGCAGUUGAAGAAGCAAAUAAUAAAUUUGAACAGCUGGACAAAGGUAUAGUUGAAGAAGUAAAUGAUAAACUUGAACAACAAGACAAAGGUGUAGUUGAAAAAACAGAUGAUAAACUUGAACAACAGGCCAAAGGUUCAGUUGAAGAAGCAGGUGAUAAAUUUGAGCAACAGGACAAAGGUGCUGUUGAAGAAGCAACUAAUAAACUUGAACAACAGGACAAAUGUGCAAUUGAAGAAGAAACAAUUGAUAAACUUGCACAACAGGACAAAGGUGCAGUUGAAGAAGCAACUGAUAAACUUGAACAAUAUGACAAAGGUGUAGUUGAAGAAACAACUGAUAAACUUGAACAACAUGACAAAGGUGCACUUGAAGAAGCAAUUGAUAAACUUGAACAACAGGACAAAGUUACAGUUGAAGAUGCAGAUAAUAAACUUGAACAAGAGGAAAGAGGUGCACCGCUUGAAGAAGCAACUGAUAAAUUUGAACAGCACAAAGGUUCAGUUAAAGAAACAAUUGCUAAACUUAAACAACAGGAAAAAGGUGCUCUUGAAGAAGAAACUAAUAAACUUGAGCAACGGGACAAAGGUUCAGUUAAAGAGACAGUUGCUAAACUUAAACAACAGGAAAAAGGUGCUCUUGAAGAAGAAACUAAUAAACUUGAGCAACAGGACAAAGGUUCAGUUAAAGAGACAGUUGCUAAACUUAAACAACAGGAAAAAGGUGCUCUUGAAGAAGAAACUAAUAAACUUGAGCAAUGGGACAAAGGUUCAGUUAAAGAGACAGUUGCUAAACUUAAACAACAGGAAAAAGGUGCUCUUGAAGAAGAAACUAAUAAACUUGAGCAACAGGACAAUGCUCUUGAAGAAGAAACUAAUAAACUUGAGCAACAGGACAAAGGUUCAGUUAAAGAGACAGUUGCUAAACUUAAACAACAGGAAAAAGGUGCUCUUGAAGAAGAAACUACUAAACUUGACCAACAGGACAAAGGUUCAGUUAAAGAGACAGUUGCUAAACUUAAACAACAGGAAAAAGGUGCUCUUGAAGAUGAAACUAAUAAUCUUGAACAACAGGACAAAGGUUCAGCUAAAGAGGCAAUUGUUAAACUUAAACAACAGGAAAAAGUUGCUCUUGAAGAAGAAACUAAUAAACUUGAGCAACGGGACAAAGGUUCAGUUAAAGAGGCAAUUGCUAAACAUAAACAGCAGGAAAAAUGUGCUCUUGAAGAAGCAACUGAUAAAUUUGAAGAACAACACAAAGGUGCACUUGAAGAAGCAACUGGUAAACUUGAACAACAGGACAAAGGUGUAGUUGAAGAUGCAAAUGAUAAACUUGAACAAGAGAACAAAGGUGAAGGUGAAGAAGCAAUUGACAAACUUGAACGACAUGACGAAGGUGUAGUUGAAGAUGUAAAUGAUAAACUUGAACAGGAGAGCAAAUGUGAAGGUGAAGAAGCAACUGACAAACUUGAACAACAGGACAAAGGUGUAGUUGAAGAUGUAAAUGAUAAACUUGAACAAGAGAACAAAGGUGAAGGUGAAGAAGCAACUGAUAAACUUAAACAACAGGACAAAGGUGUAGUUGAAGAUGCAAAUGAUAAACUUGAACAAGAGAAAAAAGGUGAAGGUGAAAAAGCAACUGUUAAACUUGAACAACAGGACAAAGGUGUUGUUGAAGAUGCAAAUGAUAAACUUGAACGAGAGAACAAAGGUAAAGGUGAAGAAGCAACUGGAAAACUUGAACAACAGGACAAAGGUUCAGUUAAAGUAGCAAUUGCUAAACUAGUUUCUAAACUUAAACAACCGGAGAAAAGUGCGCUUGAAAAAAAUAAACUUAGACAACAGGUCAAAGGUGUAGUUAAAGAAGCAACUAGUAAACUUAAGCAACGGGACAAAGGUGCAGUUAAAGUUGCUGAUAAAGUUAAACCACAGGACAAAAGUGCAGUUGAAGAAGCAACUGGUAAACUAGAACAGCAGGGCAAAGGUGCAGUUGAAGAAGCAACUAAUAAACUUGAACAACAGGACAAAAGUGUAGUUGAAGAAGCAACUGAUAAACUUGAACAACAGGACAAAGGUGCAAUUAAAGAAGCAACUGAUAAACUUGAACAACAGGACAAAGGUGCAAUUAAAGAAGCUGAUAAACUUGAACAACAGGACAAAGGUGCAAUUAAAGAAGCAACUGAUAAACUUGAACAACACAAAGGUGCAAUUAAAGAAGCAACUGAUAAACUUGAACAACAGGACAAAGGUGCAAUUAAAGAAGCUGAUAAACUUGAACAACAGGACAAAGGUGCAAUUAAAGAAGCAACUGAUAAACUUGAACAACACAAAGGUGCAAUUAAAGAAGCAACUGAUAAACUUGAACAACAUGACAAAGGUGCAGUUAAAGAAGCAACUGAUAAACUUGAACAACAGGACAAAGGUGCAGUUAAAGAAGCAACUGAUAAACUUGAACAACAUGACAAAGGUGCAGUUAAAGAAGCAACUGAUAAACUUGAACAAUAUGACACAUAUGCAGUUGAAGAAGCAAAGGAUAGAUUUGAUCAAAAGACAGAUUUGGAAGAGGCAAAGAGCCAGGAAACUCCAGUCCCUGUUGAAGAUACAGAAAAGAUCAGUCUUUUAACUGCAGAAGUGGAAAGAUUGAAGGUUCUAUUGCAAUCUGAAAAGCAACGGGCAGAUGAUUGUGAAAAGAAAUGCGCAGAAGCUCUGGAAUCAAGUGAAGAGAAGCGUCUGAAGUUGGAAAAAGCUGAAAGAAGAGUUCACCAACUUGAAGAAUCAUUGAACAGGAUGAUUUACAGCAUCUCAGAUCAAUUUUCAGAGCUGAAAGUGAUAUUAAAAUCUUCAUCCAACUCAAGUUCAACUUCAAGAGUCCAUGCUAGAGACUCUCAUGGUGAUGCUACAACAUCAGCAAACUAUUCUUCCCCUGAUCCAGCUUUCCAGCUUAUAGUUCAGGAUCUUUCAGCAUCUGAAAUAGCAGGAUAUGAAAACUGGGAAAGUGACCGGGAGGGGGCAUUCGAUGACUUCUUCUGAUGGAAGGUUCUCUUCAGUUUUUUUUUGUAUCUGCUCUCAGGUCAUCAGUAUAGUCUAACUAGAUUGGGGCACUUUUGGCAAUAGUAUCUGCCUCAACCAGAAUUAGGCUAUUACAUCCAUGCAGAUAAUUCAUCAUGCCACGUAGGAGUUCUCCCAACUGAACCUCUAAUGAUAUACCGUUUGUGAAGCUUCUAACUGUGGCCAUACUCCUAAACUUGAGCUCGAAUUGGAUGUCCUUCAAGCUCUCCAGGUGCCGCUGCAACAUACAUCAAGACCUGGCAAUUCUGCUGUGACAUGACACCAGUGAUCAAUGCCAGGGACUAUUUUGGAGAAUGACAGAGCUUGUGAAGUGAUACCCAAUGUCCAAAGCUAAAACUUGAAGCCAAACAUCCGGCAGUGCUGUUCAGCAUCAGUUGACAGCUUUCUCAGAGAAGGACCUAUGGGAGAUCCAUGAUUAAGUUAAAGAAAGAGAUUUCUCCAUUGCUUGGAUUACGCAUUCAGCCUCUUACUGAGAUGUGAAGGCUGCUUGCUGGUGAUGGUUUGUCAAGGCUGAGCUGGCUGAACUGUAAAAUCGGUGAUACAAGGAAACCUACCAGGAGCCACUGUUGCAUGCCAUGCGUUGAGACUUGAGACUUCACUACCUGCUUUCUUACUAAAGAAGAAAAUACACAGCACAGGAUUCAGGGUUUGCAUGGGAGAAGCUCAGCACAUAGACAGGCAGUAGGAUUUUCUGGUUUUAUUUUGUUGAUGGCAUGCACGAGAAAUAAAUGCUUGGAUUGUUACAAUGUCACAAUAAAAAUAAUUUGAUGAAUUGAGAGCAAAAAUUUCCAGCUAGAUGGUGAUAUGUUGAG